UGUCCGUGGCCGAGGUGAGGCCCUUUUCCUGGGCCAAGGGGCAGCUGCCGCCCCUGCGCGGGAGAGUCGGGCAGGUAGUGAGAGACGGCUCGGAGAGUUGGGGGUCUCCUGCUUUUGGAGCUGGUGCGGCGCUAGGCCGGUUCUGCGCUUGUCCUUUCCGCGUCGGCAUCGCAACCCCAUUGCCCUCGACCCUUCCGCUCCCGGUUCUGGGCAGUGCAGGGUCGGCGGUCCCCGGUGAGUCCUGCACGGCUCGCCCCGCGCGCUUUGUCCCCCGCGCACUGCCGCACGGACCUCGGUACCGGACAAAACAGCCAGGCGCUGGGGCCCCAAACUGGAUAAGGCCGUUCGCGCGCCGUUAGGAGGUCCUGCAGGCGGCCGGUGGAAAUCUGAGGCCUCCGGGAAGCAGGUGACGAGGACGCCUCCGAGGCCGUUAUGGGGAAGAAGGAACCCCGUGUUAUCCCGAGGUUCUAGAGAACGGGCGUUUCUCGUGCGUACGGGUUGACACAACCGUGCUGUCAAGGGCGUCAAACGUGCUCUGGGAACGGCCCCGGCUUCCUUUAAACGUCAGGGGACGGAGGGGAGUGGAGGGGAGCGGGCAAUCUGGUGGUGGUUGUCACAUUGCAAACAGUGGUGCAAAAUAACGGCACGAUUGGUCAGUGUGUUUUAUGGGGCCGCUUUUCCUCUAACUGACAGAGCUGGUGGUCUCUGCAACUCAUGCCUACAUGUGCAAGUAUUGACGGUGAUCAGAAGACUUCAAGAUUCUUUGAAGAAUCGAUGGCAGGACACAUGGGUGUAGACGAAGUUUAUUAAAAGUUAGGGAUGGGAAAUACAAGAGGGAGCAUGGUGGGCACAGGGAGAAUCUCCAGGCCAAGAGAGAGAGUGUGCUUCUCUUCCCCAGGUUAGUAGUGCAGUGCUCCUGACCAGGUGCCAGGUUGUCCAAACCUCAGGAAUGGCGGCCAUCAACCCAUGGCCCCCCUGGGGUUCCCUUAUGGACCAGUGCUGGGGGGUGGCAGCUGCUGACCCUUGGGCCUCCUGGGCUUUGUGUCCUCAGGAUUCCACGUGGCAUGUGGAGGUGAGCCCUGAGGAAGGAAGGAGGGUAGCUGGGCUCCCAACAGCCCAGGUCCAGGAACCAGUGACCUUCAAGGAUGUGGCAGUGGACUUCACCCAAGAAGAGUGGGGACAGCUGGACCUUGUUCAGAGGACCCUGUACCGCGAUGUGAUGCUGGAGACCUAUGGGCACCUGUUGUCUGUGGGGAAUCAGAUUACCAAGCCUGAGGUCAUCUCCCUGUUGGAGCAAGGAGAAGAGCCCUGGGUGGUGGAGCAAGCAUAUCCUCAAAGCACUUGUCCAGAAUGGAUGAAAAGUCUUGAAAGCAAAGCAUUGGUCCCAACACAGAGAGUUUUUGAAGAGCAAUCCCAUGGCAUGAAGUUGGAAAGAUAUAUAUGGGAUGAUCCUUGGUUCUCCAGGUUAGGAGUUUUGGGAUGCAAAGACCAAUUAGAAAUGUACCACAUGAACCAGAGUACAUCUAUGAGGCAAAUGAUCUUCAUGCAAAAACAAGUGCUAUCUCAAAGAGGUUCUGAAUUCUGUGAACUUGGGGCAGAAUAUAGCCAGAACUUCAACUUUGUUCCAUCUCAGAGAGUUUCUCAGUUAGAACAUUUCUAUAAGCCUGAAACACAUGCUGAAAGCUGGAGAUGUAACUCGGCCAUAAUGUAUGCAGAUAAGGUUACCUAUGAAAAUAGUGAUUAUGACAAAGCCUUCUACCAGUCCAUUCAACCUUAUCAUCCUGCAAGAAUGCAAACUGGAGAUAAUCUUUUCAAAUGUACUGAUGCUGUUAAAUCUUUCAAUCACGUAAUACAUAUCGGUGAUCAUAAAGGAAUGCACACAGGAGAAAAACUGUAUGAAUAUAAGGAAUGCCACCAAAUCUUUAACCAGAGUCCAUCAUUUAGUGAACAUCCAAGACUUCAUGUUGGGGAAAACCAGUAUAACUACAAAGAAUACGAGAAUAUCUUUUAUUUCUCAUCCUUUAUGGAACAUCAGAAAAUUGGUCCUGUAGAGAAAUCAUAUAAAUACAAUGAAUGGGAGAAAGUCUUUGGGUAUGACUCAUUCCUUACUCAACACACAAGCACUUACACUACAGAGAAACCCUAUGAAUAUAAUGAAUGUGGAACAUCUUUCAUUUGGAGCUCUUACCUUAUUCAACAUAAGAAAACUCAGACUGGAGAGAAACCCUAUGAAUGUGAUAAAUGUGGGAAAGUUUUUAGGAAUCGUUCAGCCCUUACUAAACAUGAACGGACUCACACUGGAAUAAAACCCUAUGAAUGUAACAAAUGUGGAAAAGCUUUCAGCUGGAAUUCUCAUCUUAUUGUACACAAGAGAAUUCAUACAGGAGAAAAACCUUAUGUGUGUAAUGAAUGUGGGAAAUCUUUCAACUGGAAUUCCCAUCUUAUUGGACACCAGAGAACUCAUACUGGAGAGAAACCUUUUGAAUGUACUGAAUGUGGAAAGUCUUUCAGCUGGAGCUCCCAUCUCAUUGCCCAUAUGAGGAUGCAUACUGGAGAGAAGCCCUUUAAAUGUGAUGAAUGUGAAAAAGCUUUUAGGGAUUACUCAGCACUUAGUAAACACGAAAGAACUCACUCUGGAGCAAAACCUUAUAAAUGUAGUGAAUGUGGAAAGUCCUUCAGCUGGAGCUCCCAUCUUAUUGCUCAUCAAAGAACUCACACAGGAGAGAAGCCGUAUAACUGUCAGGAAUGUGGAAAAGCUUUCAGAGAGCGCUCAGCCCUCACAAAACAUGAAAUCAUUCAUUCUGGAAUUAAGCCCUAUGAAUGUAAUAAAUGUGGAAAAUCUUGUAGCCAGAUGGCUCACCUUGUUAGGCAUCAAAGGACUCAUACUGGGGAAAAACCCUAUGAGUGCAAUAAAUGUGGGAAAUCCUUCAGUCAGAGCUGUCAUCUUGUUGCUCAUCGGAGAAUUCACACUGGUGAGAAACCCUAUAAAUGCAAUCAAUGUGAAAGAUCCUUUAACUGUAGCUCUCACUUGAUUGCACACCGGAGAACUCAUACCGGAGAGAAACCAUACAGGUGUAAUGAGUGUGGGAAAGCAUUCAAUGAGAGUUCUUCCCUUAUUGUACACCUGAGAAACCAUACUGGGGAAAAACCCUACAAAUGCAAUCAUUGUGAGAAAGCUUUCUGUAAGAACUCUUCCCUGAUUAUUCAUCAGAGAAUGCAUAGUGGAGAGAAACGUUUUAUAUGCAAUGACUGUGGAAGAGCCUUUAGUGGUCAUUCGGCACUACUUCAACACCAGAGAAAUCACAGUGAGGAAAAACUGUAACUGAAUUGAUCAGAGAUUUUUGUUUUUACUGUACAUUUGAUAACACAUUAUGAAAAAACCCUAUAAGUAUAAUCAAGAGGGAAAGAUUUUCAUUAGGAGUUCAGUAAAACUCUACAUUAUUCAAUAGGAAAUACCUUUUUAGAAGAAAGCUUGUGAAUGAAAAGAACAUGGAAAAGCUUUCAGCAGUUACAUAGCCCAUAUUUACCAUCAGUAAUUAUAGAGAGGAAAACUCUAAACUGCCCAUAUAUUCCACCAGGCAUCCAUACUUGAGGAACAUGACUAAUGAAUGAAGCAUCUUUUAGCAAGAACCCUUCACUGGAGUGAGUGUGCAUUUUUAAGGGGGAAAGCCUGUGCUGAGAAUAGUGUUUCAAGUGAAAAUACACUGUUUUUCAUCAAGCUGGAGUACUGGAUGGAAAGCUUUACGAUAACAUUUUGUGCAUAAUUAUAGGAUUACAGAUAGAUUUUGCUGUUAUAAGGGGAGGGUCUAGGUACCCUUUAAGGGAUAGAAUAUGGGAUACUAAAUCUGAAUUUAAGUAAGAAAAUAGAAUAGUAUUCAGUGGGGUAUUUACUAUUGAUCAAUUUUAACCUCCUUAGGAAAGAUUAGUAAGUGAAAUUACUAAUGGUGGAAAGGUUGUUUCCUAGAAAUACGAGGCUAAUGUUGGAACAAAAGGUGAUAAUUAAUAACCCAUUGUGACAGUGUCCAUUGUUACUCAUCACUGCAUUGUUGGGUAAUUAGUUUGUAAUUUGGCUUAGGUGAUCACUAUAAAUUACAAUUAUGGACACUAUAUCAAUAUACAUAACAUGAAGGAAUAAAAAAUAUACACAAUUAUGUAUAUAUAUAUGUACCAUAAUAUCUAAAAAAGUAUAUUUGAGUAAGGAACUGUUAGAUCAAUGGAGAAAUUAACCCAGUUAAUUUAAGAUUUUAUUUUUAUUUUGUUUGGUUUUACAAAUAUGUAUAGCACUUAGCAUGUGCUAGGCUUUGUUUUAAAUGUUUUUCAAAUAUUAACUUGUUCAACCCCCUUAACUCUAUGAGAUAGGUCCAACUAUUAUCCCAGUUUUACAAUGGAGAAACUGUGGCAGAGGUGAUGCGGAGCCUAGGAACCUAUCUAAGGACUGCAGCUAGUAAUGAGUGGAGCUGAGAUUGUUUGGAUCCACAGUUCAUGUUUUUAGUCACUGUGUUAUGCUGUCUCUCCAGUGAUAUUUUCCCUAAUACUUUUUGUCACUUUUGUUCAGUGUUUUGAUAGUAGUGAUUUGAUAAAAUUUAAGAAAAUCCUAAUUAAUGAGAGAGUAAUUUACCUGGUUCCUGUGUUCUGAAGGACUUUUGGUAACAUGAGAGCUAAGAACUCUUUGGAAUAUGAAGAAAUCUGAGUUGGACAUUUAGAACCACUGUUAUUUUCUGGGACCUGGGUUCUCUACAAUUUCUCCACUUACAGCUCUGAGGGUUACAGAGCAGUGGGGCCACAAGGACUUGGGCAAGCCUGAAAACUGCCCCUGAUGGGUUUAUAAUGCCCCUCAUGAAGCACAGGGCAAGCAUGUCUAUUCUUUCACACAGUCGGUCACCAGUGCACAUCAGAGUACCAUUUCUCAAGGUCCCCCUUGAAUUCAGUGUUUUGUUUGUUUUUUCUUCUUUAGGUGAAAAGAUUGCUUAGUAGGAGGAAGGAUUCAGAAGGAAAGGGUGUUCAACCCAAGUCCAUCACACAGACUGAGGAAAUCCCUGAAAAGGGACAAGAGGGAUUAGACAAUUUGGGCCAAGGAUCUUUCCUGGAUAGACUUCAUGGGUAUUGGAUAGAAAUCUGGGUGCAUAAAUUUCAUCUAAUCCUUGAGGUGUCCGUGAAUCCUCAGUGGUGAGAAGUGGUGGCAUACAGGUGUAGGAAGGCCGAGUUCACCUCUGACUCUUAGAACUUGAGCCUCGUUAGAAUGUAACACUUGAUCUCCCUUUCAGGGCCUGUUGGCCACUCAGUAAAUACUGCAGGAGUAAAUAAAGUAAUUAUUGGAUUUCUCUUUUAAAAAGACCCUUGGAGAAAAUAGAAUUAGCAAUAUUAUUUCUGUAAGAGAAUAUGUACUGUAUCCAGAAUCUUAUUGUUAGUAUUAUAUGGGUAAUAUAUUCUGACACCCAAAGUAAAUCCUGAUUCUCUUAUUUAGUUUCUGAGGGAUUUAAUAAAUCAUAUGCAAUAUUCCAUGAGCAUCCUGGCAACGUAUUACCACUCUUACUGUCUUAAAAAAAUGCUUCUAAAGGGCCUCCUGUGGCUUAUCUCAUAUCAGGAGUGAAAUUAAACUCUCAGGGUUGGGGGGUGUAGCUCAGUCAUAGAGUGUUUGCCUAGCAUGCAUGGGUUCUGUCUCUAGCACUGAAAAAAAAAAUCCAGAUUACUGUUGCUUCUUGGAAUUAUUCCCCUACUACCUUUCAUAUACCUUAUGUCCAUUCCUAUUCCCUGUACUUCCUUGAGUCUACUCCAUGUGUGGUUCCAAUCAUUACCCUCUGACCCUAUCUUCCACGCCUCCCUAACUCAAACCUGCUGGGCCCACUCCUGUUCAGCCACUAACAGUUCCCCAUCCUCUUCCCACUUUGGUUCUCCUCUGUGUACAUUGCCUCCUGUCCAAGAUUGCUUUCUUUCCUGUCUUACCCACUGCCUCCCGAUUAUUCUUAGUCCCUUCCAUCUGAAACUCAGCUCCAAAUCAGGAUACUAGGUGAAUCAUCCCCUGCUUCUAGCUGUAGUCCUCUCCUACUGGCUCUCUCAUCGAAAAUCUUAACGAUUUCUGCUCCUGCUUCACUGCAUCUAAAACCAUAUCAAAUUACUUCCUGAUUCUGAUGUCCACAUUGAAAAUCUAUUAUCCUGACCUCAGACGAGGUUCUUUGAUCAACUCUCUACUGACAGUUUUGUCCUCCACCCUGUCACAGCCAGUUACACCCAUUGUCAUCCCCAGGACCCUCUGCCAUCUGUUUGGCAUUUUGGGGCAAUCGGGAGGUUUGGAUCUUAUCUCCCCUGCCAGUCUUCAUAGUAACCCUGUAUGCCCUGGACCCCUACAUCAGUGUUAGUCAGUUUUCUGUUACUGUGACAAAAAGUACUUGAGAAAAACAAAGGAGCAAAGGUUUACUCUGGUUCAUGGUUUCAGCAGUUUCAGCCCAUGGUCUCUUGGUUAUGUAGUUUCUAGGCCUGUGAUGAGGCAGAACAUGGCAGGAACCACAUGGUGGAACAAAGCUGCUUACCUCAAGGUGAUCAGGAA